AUGUCUUUUUAUGUCGCAGAAACCCCCGAACGGGUGAAGAAAGCCCAAGGCUUACACCUCAUAACUUCUUUAACCCCAAACGGAAGAAAAGUCCACAUUCUUCUCGAAGAACUCAAGGAUGCCUACGGCCUUGCAUGGACAACAAGUCUGAUCGACCUCGAUAAAAACGAGCAGAAAAAAGACUGGUUUCUCAGAUUAAAUCCCAAUGGUACCUCUUUUCCUUUGAAUAUUUCAUUUCCCAGACUAAUAAAGAAUCCAGGACGUAUCCCAAUCUUAAUCGACAACGAUACAAGUCCGCCCCAUGUAGUCAUGGAAUCAUCUGCUGAACUGUUAUAUCUCGUCAAUCUGGACAGAAACAAUCUUUUCUGGUUUUCGGAUCCCAUUGAACAAAGUGAGGCAUUUCAAUGGCUAAUAUUCUGGCAUGCUUCGGGACAACCCAAUCAAGGACAAUAUAAUUUUUUCCGAAACAAUGAGCAAACUCACGUGGAUCGUUUCAAGCGGGAACUGCUACGAGUUUACGAUGUACUUGAAAUCCGUCUUUCGGGGAGAUUUGGUGGUGGCGCACGGGAAUAUUUGGCUGGGAAGGACGAGGGGAAAUACAGCAUUGCUGAUAUCAACGCCUGGGCUUGGAUACGAAAUAUUCGACGCAUUGGAUUCUCGGAGGAUGAAUUGGCCCAGUUACCUCAUUUACAACAGUGGGUGGAUCGCAUUGCGGUGCGGCCGGCUGUCGAGCGAGGUCUGGGGGAGUGCUAUGAUGAGGAUGUGCAUCCAGAGUUGUUGCUCGAGACUCCGUGA